CUUUGUUUCCUGACCCGGGAGAAUGGAGGUGCUGGUGGAUCGGUGUGCGGAGCGGCUCUGCCGGCAGGAAAAAGAAAUAAAGUUUCUAACAGCAGAAAUUGAUCGUCUGAAAAACUUUGAGUGUUUGGGAGCUUCUCCAAGCUUGGAGGGAUUGCGGGAAGAGAAUGCCAAACUUAAAUAUCGUUUAAACAUUCUUCAAAAGAGCCUUCAAGAGGAAAGGAGUAGAAGAAAGCCCUCCAAAGGAAUGAUUAAUAUCAACAACAGCCUUCAAGACAUCUUUGGAAUGGCUAUUAAAUCUGCAUAUCCAGAGCUAGAAAAUCCUCCUCUGCUGGUGACACCAAGUCAGCAGCCUAGGUUUGGUGAUUACCAAUGUAACAGUGCUAUGAGUAUAACUCAGAUACUACUCAAAACCAAGGAGCAAAAAGUAAGCCCGAGAGAAAUUGCUGAUAAGAUUGCCAGAAACAUUCCUGACAAUGAAUGCAUUGAGAAAGUUGAAAUCGCUGGUCCUGGUUUCAUCAAUGUACACCUGAAAAAGGAUUUUGUUUCCAGACAACUGAGCAGUAUGCUGAUCAAUGGAGUUCAGCCCCCUGCUAUUGGUGAAAGGAAGAAGGUUGUGGUUGACUUCUCCUCCCCUAACAUUGCAAAAGAGAUGCAUGUUGGUCAUCUGCGGUCGACCAUUAUUGGUGACAGUAUGUGCCGCCUCUUUGAGUUUGUCGGGUAUGAUGUUCUAAGAUUGAACCAUUUAGGAGAUUGGGGCACCCAGUUUGGAAUGCUUAUUGCUCACUUGCAAGAUAAAUUCCCAGAUUACCUGACUGUCUCUCCCCCCGUUGGAGAUCUCCAAGCUUUUUAUAAGGAAUCAAAAAGAAGAUUUGACACAGAGGAAGAAUUUAAGAAGCGUGCAUACCAGUGUGUGGUCUUAUUACAGAGUAAAAAUCCAGAUUUCCUUAAAGCUUGGAAACUGAUUUGUGAUGUAUCUCGGAAAGAGUUUCAAAAAAUCUAUGACUGUUUGGACGUCACCUUAAUAGAAAGGGGUGAAUCUUACUACCAAGAUAUGAUGGCUGAUAUUGUAAAAGAAUUCGAGGAACGAGGGUUCGUACAAGUGGAUGAUGGCCGGAAGAUUGUGUUUGUCCCCGGGAGUUCUAUUCCUUUGACAGUUACGAAAUCUGAUGGGGGUUUUACGUACGACACCUCAGAUUUAGCAGCUCUGAAGCAGAGGCUGUUUGGAGAAAAAGCUGAGAUCAUUAUUUAUGUGGUAGACAGUGGGCAGGCUGUGCACUUACAAACAAUAUUUGCAGCAGCCCAGAUGAUUGGCUGGUAUGACCCUAAGGUGACCAGAGUAUCUCACGCUGCCUUUGGAGUGGUGCUGGGAGAAGACAAGAAAAAAUUUAAAACUCGUUCUGGGGAUACAGUGCGGCUAAUUGAUCUUCUUGAAGAGGGACUGAAGCGAUCGAUGGACAAACUGAAGGACAAGGAAAGAGACAAGGUUCUCAGCCCAGAAGAACUGAAGGCAGCUCAGACGUCAGUUGCCUUUGGCUGCAUUAAGUACGCUGAUCUCUCCCAUAACAGAAUCAAUGAUUAUAUCUUCUCUUUUGAUAAGAUGCUGGAUGAUCGGGGAAAUACAGCUGCUUAUUUGCUUUAUGCCUUCACUCGAAUUAGGUCUAUAGCACGGCUUGCCAAUAUCGACGAAGAGACAUUGCAAAAGGCGGCUAGAACAACUGAAAUAAUCCUGGACCACGAGAAAGAGUGGAAACUGGGCAAGUGCAUUCUGAGGUUCCCUGAGAUUCUGCAAAAGAUCCUGGAUGACCUCUUAUUGCACACCCUUUGUGAUUACCUCUAUGAGCUGGCCACCACUUUUACUGAAUUCUACGACAAUUGCUACUGCGUGGAAAAAGACAGGCAAACUGGUAAAAUAGUGAAUGUGAACAUGUGGCGAAUGCUCUUAUGUGAGGCCACAGCUGCGGUUAUGGCCAAAGGUUUUGACAUCUUGGGAAUCAAGCCUGUCCAGAAGAUGUAAUGACACUGCCCUUUUAAAAUAUUUUUUACAGACUUACCUGUACCAAUCAUUGAGACCAUCAUGGUUUAGUAUUUGAAAAAUAAAAACUGUGCAAGUUUA